CGACCCCUGAACGGCACCUCCGACCACACUCCUACCUAUACAUAUAUAACAUACGCAUACACACAAUACAUAUCCCUCCCUAUUACUAUUCUCUCUGCUCCACUCCUCCCUUCAACAAUGCAGCCUCCAACUGCCGCUGCGGGCAACGAUGUGGACCCUACAAUCUGGCGUGCUAUUGCCGGUAACUCUGUUCGAAUCCCCGCCGUCGGCUCCAGGGCUUACUACUUCCCUCAAGGACACGCUGAACAUGCAAGUUCUACUUCCCCUGUUUUACUCUCCGGCGUUAUCCCUCCCUUCAUUCUCUGCCGUGUACUCUCUGUGCGGUUUCUCGCCGACGCCGUUACCGACGAGGCAUUCGCUAAAAUUUUCCUAGUUCCGGUUAAUCAGUGUUAUGGUAACGACGUUACUACUGUGAAUGUUGAUGAGGAGGAGGACGUGGAGAAGGAGGUUGUUUCGUUUGUGAAGAUUUUAACUCCGUCAGAUGCGAAUAAUGGAGGAGGUUUUUCUGUACCGCGGUUUUGCGCUGAUUCUAUAUUCCCUCGGCUUAAUUUCGUGGCUGAUCCGCCGGUUCAGAAUUUGGUUAUUCGUGAUAUUCAUGGUUCUGAGUGGGAAUUUCGGCACAUUUAUCGUGGUACACCUCGCCGGCAUUUGCUCACUACUGGCUGGAGUAAGUUUGUUAACAGUAAAAAACUCGUUUCCGGUGAUUCCGCUGUCUUCAUACGGAAAAAUAGAACUGGAGAACUCUAUGUCGGUGUUCGACGAGCUAUAAGAGGAAAUGAAAAUUGCCAGAGGUGGACUUCUACUCUUUUGAAACGUGAACAAACCAGUAGCAGUGGUAGUAACGGGGAAGUGCGUUGGAGGACUGGGCAAGGGCGGCUGCCGAUGGAGGCUGUUAAAGAGGCAGCGGAAAUGGCGGCACGGGGAAUGCCAUUUGAAGUAUCGUGUUAUCCGCGUCCAGACUGGGCAAGUUUUGUGGUGAAGGCAGAAGCAGUAGAGGCAUCAUCAAAUAUGUUUUGGACAGUCGGUACACGGGUUAAAAUGGCUGUAGAGACGGAGGAUUCUUCUAGGACGGCUUGCUUUCAAGGGACCGUUUCCUCUGUCAUUUUGCCUGAAAAUGGCCCUUGGCGUGGAUCUCCAUGGCGAAUGCUUCAGAUUACUUGGGAUGAACCAGAAGUUCUGCAGCAUGCUAAGAGGGUGAAUCCUUGGCAAGUUGCGUGCAUUCUUUCAACCCCACAGCUUCACUUUGGAUUUCCUCCUUCAAAGAAAAUAAAACUGCUUAAUUGGUUGCCACAUGAUGGAGAGGAAAAACUCUUCUUCCCUAUGACUGGGUUGAGUAAUCCUAUGAUUGGUCUCUGUAGCCCAUCAUUAGGCAAUUGUAUAUCUUUUUCUGCGGGCAUGCAGGGAGCCAGGCAAAAUCAAAUUUGUGUAUCAAGUUUAUCCAAUGUUAAAAGCAAUAAUAACCUUGGGUUGUGCACUAACAAUAGCUUAGAUGAAGAAAUCAAUCCAAAGCUUGAGAGUGUGUCCACCAAACUGAAUAUAGGCAGUUCAUAUUCAGACAACUUAUCUCCAGAUAGUCAGAGCAGUGUGCAUUUUUGGGACAAUGAGCUGGUUGCGAAACCGGGUUCCAGCUCUUUGACAAAACAGCGUGUCAAUUCUUUUCUGUUAUUUGGUAAGGUCAUCCAUGUUGAAAAUGUAGGAGGUUUUGAUGGUUUUGGUUGCUGUGAAAAUGAUAGCAUUCAAGUGUUUAAAGAGAUAGAUGGUGCAUUCAAGUCAAAUGUCUCUCAGAAUAAACCCUGUUUCGAGCUGUUUGACAAUGUUGAUGUCCAACACCAAAGAGCCUCAGCUGUCGAAGCAUGUUCUCUAUGAGAUAUAAUCCAUCAUUGCCGUCAAUUGGAAAGCUGUACAGGGCUGUGUUCACUCUUUUGGACCUCUUUCUCCACUCGUUUUCCUUUUCAAUGUUUGCUUCCUUACUUUCUGAACGCAUCUGGAAUCUAGUUCGAUGACCUGAAAGGAUGGUACUAUCACAAAAAAGAACAAGGUCCCUCCUGUAGUGACUUUAAAUAAAUAGGAUUAUGUGUUACAGGUAUUAUUAUAAUAAUUGUAAUUGUAACUCCUACAACCAUGUUUGUGAACCAAGAUCUAUAUACGUAGAAGAGUCAUGAUUCUUAACAAGAAGUGUGUUCCUUCGUAUUUUCUCAAGUACUAAUUAGAAACAAAAUAAGACUUGGUGUACUGUGCAAAAGACUAGCCAUUUUUAUUUUAUUCUUUUAGAAAAACUAAAUUGCUAUUUUGAAGUGAACAUGAAGGAUUGAAGGUGAUGAGAUGAACUCGCAUUUAGGCCCUUGUGAAGCCCAGACAUGACCUUAGCUAUCACAAGUUUUUCGAUCUUUUACACAAAGCAGUACCAAAUUAAAGCUGCAUUAGCCUUCACAAAUGAUAUGGCUUGUCGUUAAGAAUUCUUCCGUGAUUUUUUUUUUGAUUAUCGGUCACCCAAGAUGACUCUUAGCAGGACUGAUUGCUACUAGAUUAAUCAGAUAUAAAACCAUAUUACAUUAUAUUUAAUCACCCUUCAGGAAUACAAGAUGGAGCUUAGGUACACCGUUAAGUAGAAUGUUUCAGAAGCGGUGUGAUAAAAACCUGAUUUUCUUGGUCGUACAUUACAAAUCACCUCAGCUUAUAUCCUGAAAAACCUGAGUGGAAGAACUGCCCCGACAUUCGCAUAAAAAGAUGUUUAACUUUAAUCAUCAUUAACUUCUGCAAAAUCAGUUACUCUCUGGUAUUGAAAUAUCAACUGUAGCAUUAGAGUAAACAACUUUCUCACAAUGGCAUAACCAGACUUAGCAGUGUAAUUACGUGAACUAGCAUAGUGCCAAAAAUCUAUCCAUCCACACCACCAGUUUAAAAAAAAAAAAAAAAGAGAAUGAAGAGACUGAUCCAUUAUCUCUUGGACAGCACAUGCUGUGAAAUUCAGAAUUCAAACUCAAACAAAACAUCAAGGCAUCAGCAGCAGUUAAAAUGUACACUUGAGAUAUGACUUAUGAGAACACGAUGAGCUAAAGACUGGAAUCACCAGCAGCCAUUUCCAUCCAAACUCACACUUAAUCAUCAUUAUGACUAAUGAGAACAUGAUAAGC